ACUUCAAAGCUCAAAGUCCCACAGUCCCAAAAACCUGAGGAAUGUAAAUGGUUUAUGAAAAUUGUUUGAUGAUGGAAGGGAAGCUGAUCUCUUUCCUCUUCCCUCUGCUUCUGAUUGCUUGUCUCAUGCUUCGCUUUGCAGCUUCUAACUCUGUUUCCAACAAUUCGAUUGAUGUGCAUUUGGAUGCUUCUUCUGGGAAAGAAAAUCGUAGUGAAGCAGCACCAUGCCCUUCUGGUUGGGUUCUCAGCCCAAGUAAAACAAAGUGCUUUGGUUAUAUAGAAAGCUCUAAGUCAUGGGAGGAGUCAGAGACCAACUGCAAUAGUUACCGUGGACACUUGGCAACACUGAACUUAUCUCAGGAUCUAAGCUUUGUCCAAAAGCUGUGUAGUGAAGUUGCUAUUGGAUGCUGGGUUGGUGGGAGAGGCAUUAACUCAACAACUGGUUUUAGUUGGAAAUGGUCGGACAAUACAUCACAUUGGAAUGAAUCUAUCAGUAUAAGAGAGCCUCUACGUUACAACUCAAUUGAGUUGUGUUCACUGGUUACUAAUGAAACCACAUCUCUUGUGGCUGAGAGAUGCAAUAAGAAUCAUUCUUCCAUAUGCAUGGUUGAUAUAGAGAAGUGUCACGGUAUGCACUGCCACAAGGAAUAUCCUAUUAUCCUUGCUGUUGUAAGUGGGCUGAUUCUCUGCACUACAUUAGCUGUUGUGAUUUGGCUCCUCGUAUUUAAGCGGAGCAAGAGACGCAGAAAAUCUCGCAAACUCUCUAAUCCUGCAGCAUCGGCAUUAGUUCCACCAUCAUGGAAAGUUUUCACCAGCGAGGAACUGAGGUCAAUUACAAAGAAUUUCAGUGAAGGGAACCGUCUUCUUGGAGAUGCCAAAACAGGUGGCACAUAUAGCGGGGUUCUACCUGAUGGAUCGAGGGUGGCAGUUAAAAGGUUGAAGAGGUCUAGUUUUCAGAGGAAAAAGGAAUUCUAUUCUGAGAUUGGAAGGGUUGCUAGGCUUCAUCAUCCAAAUUUAGUGGCUGUGAAAGGUUGCUGCUAUGAUCACGGUGACCGCUACAUUGUUUACGAGUUUAUAGUAAAUGGACCAUUGGACAGAUGGCUACAUCAUAUACCUAGGGGUGGCAGGAGUUUGGAUUGGGCCAUGAGAAUGAAAGUUGCCACUACCCUUGCCCAAGGAAUAGCGUUUCUGCACGACAAGGUGAAACCGCAGGUCGUUCAUCGUGAUAUUCGUGCAAGUAACGUACUUCUUGAUGAAGAGUUUGGUGCUCACUUAAUGGGAGUAGGUCUGUCGAAGUUUGUUCCAUGGGAAGUGAUGCACGAGAGGACGGUGAUGGCUGGUGGUACAUAUGGAUACCUUGCUCCAGAGUUCGUUUACAGAAACGAGCUCACCACAAAGAGUGAUGUCUACAGCUUUGGAGUAUUGCUACUUGAAAUCGUUAGUGGGCGUAGACCGGCACAGGCUGUUGAUUCAGUGGGUUGGCAAAGUAUAUUUGAGUGGGCCACACCCUUGGUGCAGGCCCACCGCUAUCCAGAGCUCUUGGACCCACUCAUAUCCUCGUCCUCGUCUUCUCAGAUUCCCGAAGCUAGUGUCAUUCAAAAGGUAGUUGACCUUGUGUAUUCUUGCACUCAACAUGUCCCAUCAAUGCGUCCUAGAAUGUCGCACGUUGUUCAUCAACUGCAGCAGCUGGCUGCUCAGCCUCCCGUUAUAAAGUAACAGAGUAGUGGGAGAGUAUUCUAUCCAAUUGGGUAUGGAGCAGACCCAAGUGGGGCGCAAGAUAGCAGUGAUGCAAUAAUGAAUGCUUUGGGUGAUGCUUUCUUGCAAGUGCAAAGUGGGCUUGAGUUGUUGCCUGGAAUCAAAGAUUUGGGAGGUGUUGUCAUUGAUUUUCAAGGUGGGAAUUACAGUAUAAGCAAUCCCAUUAGGUUCCCUUCUGGUGUAGGCAAUGUCCUGGUAACUCUCUUUCUUUCUCUCAUCAUAGACUCACAUGGUGCACGUUAGCAUUCUAUUUCUAAAACGUUUUGCUUUUUGCUUUUGCUUUUGCCUUUUUAUUUUAUUUUUUCAAAUUUUGGCUGCAGAUACUGCGAGGAUUUGAUAAAAUUUUAUACCUUAGACAAGUAGUGGGAUCCAUAUAAGUAUGGUUUACAGAUCUGUAUUACAUUAUGUGAAGAUUUUCUGUGAAAUUAGACUUUUUGUAACUAAUAAUAAAAUUACACAGAGUAAAAAUGAA